AUGACACCGAACGUCAAAACCGUCAAAUACGAGUCACAGAUUUGGGCAGUGAACGAGAAGGCUCGUCACAGAUUACUUCGCGCAUGCGUAGCGCUCCCAAAAUUCCUUAAUCUCGUACGUCCACAUGUGGAGGCCGUGGUGGAGUUUGACUACGAUGCAGUUAACGGAGAUGAACUCACUCUUCGUAAGGGUGAUAUCAUCAAGGAUAUUAAUAGGAUGGAAGGUGGUUGGUGGGAAGGAGUGCUUCAUACUCAAAGAGGAAUGUUUCCAGAUAAUUUUGUCAAGAUCAUUGAGAAGACCAGCAGUACACAGAAGUCAACCGCGGCAUCGACGGCAUCCGCAUCCACAACGCCAUCCUUAUCGUCAUCGUCAUCGAUGAAGUCACAUGGUCAGGGGCCGGUAGCCAAUGGGGAUGUGUCGUUAGGGAGCCAAGAGAUGGGUGAUGAUGCGAAAGUCAAAAAGAGAGGUGAGAUCAUAAUCGAUGUUGGAGUAAAACUACAUGUAGAAGGGGUUUUUGUAUAUUGACUAUUAAAGACACCAUUCUCAUUAUACUUUCUAAACCUAGUUUACUGGAAAUCGGUUCAGGAAACCAGUUUGGAAGAUCGCUUUGCUAGCGUUCCCAUUUGAUCACCAGAAAGUGGUUUUUCAAAUCCACUUCACGUAUUAGCGGUCUUGUUGCUAUGGGAACACUCAGUGUAGGCAUUCCACACACAGUGUGUGGAGUAGCGCGCUCAAAAUAUGCGAAGAUCGCUUCCCGAAGAACGGCUGUGUUCUCACUUAUGCUAACGAGGCAAAGCGAUCUUCAAAACUACAUCGCGAGGUGGUUUUCUGAACCGGUUUGGUAGAUCGCUUCGACCGUUCUCAUUCUAGUUUCCACUAAACUACACAUGUAGUUUCCAGUAAACUAAUUUUAGGAUGGUAGUGAGAACGGUGUUUAAUACCACAUCAUUAGGCUAAAUCCAUCUGGUCUACUGCCAAUUUGGUCUAAUUGCCAUUUCCACACUACACAUUAAUAGUCUAAUUCUCCUUUAGUCUAAAUGCCCAGGUGGUCUAAAUGUCUCUUUGUCUACAAAUUAUUUUGCACUUUGUUGGUAAACAGUAAACCAUUUGUACUAAAAUUAGACCAAGUGGAUAAUUAGAUAAAAUCGGUCUAGCUUAAAUUUGAAAAAUGUUAAAAUGGCAUUUGGCUAUUAAUGACAAACUGGUUGUAAACAAAGUACCAGCAGAUUAGACCAUACGGGUUGAGAUAGAACUAGUUUAUUAGUCCUAUUAUCUAUAGGAAAAGCGAUGAAGAGAAGGAAUACCCCCCCUAAAAAAAAAGUAAAAAAAAUGAAAUAAAAAAAUAAAUGAAUUUGUACUGUAAGAUGAAAUAAAAUGAAAUAAAAUGAAAAAAAUUAAUAAAAUAAGAAGAUAUCAAUUGAAAAAUAAAAAUAAUAAUGUAUCAAAAAAUAGAUAAACUAGAAAAAAAAUUUUUUUUAAAGAUAAAUACCAGUUCUGGUAAUGAUCUCAAAAUGAGUUCGAACAGAAUCUAAUAAUUUGACCACGAAAGUGUUUGUAUAAAAUGAAUAAAUAAAAAUAUGUGCCAAUUGGCUCUGGAAAAAAUGUGUAAUUGCUGACAAAUGAGCAAAAUAAGCACAGGAUUCCAUAAAAUUUCUGGUAUUUUUCCAAACAAUAUUAAUACUCUGUCCCAUAUAUGCCUUGUUGUGUAUAUAGUGAUCAUCAGAAUUGUCGGUUUUCAGCUACGAUUUCAUGAUCUCACAAAGAUAAGCUUAUUUCAAUGUACCGGAUCUAGAUCUUUCAUUAUAUAGUAUGGUGGCAUUUACAUGUAACCUUGAUUUCAUAGACUUUCUCAUGAAAUAAUUGUUUGCUGUACAUAUAACUACUUUCCUUAUACCUUUAAGAAAUAGGACUGAAAUGGAAUAGAAUUUUAAAAAAGGAAAAACAAACAAAAUGAAUAAAAAAGUUAGAAAGAUGAUUUUUUUUUUAAAAGAAAGAAAGAUGGAUGAACAUUAAUAGAAGUCAGGAAUUGUAAAGCCUUCAAUCAUGUAACAUGUAGAUCUGAAUAUGUAGGCCUACAGUGUACGUAUACAUGGACUGCAUACAUGUUUUUUUAUUAGCCCACAAUUGAACAAACAAGCACUGUCCAAUACAUGACAAUUACAUGUACCUCCUUGGCCUGUGUUGCCACUGUAUAAAGCAAGCAAUGUUCUGCUUGAGAUCUACUACUGUACACAUCUUGGGUCACCAUUUUCCAGUAUUUCCUGUUUUUAGAGGAAGCGUUUGUCUGCGUCACUCUAAAGGUGCCGUUACGAGGUCUCAUAUUAAAGCAAACCCCCUCCCCCAACUCAAACACCAACAUGCAAAGUACUGGAACACCAGUAUGUACAUGUAUGUAGGUUGAUGUGUUCUUGUCAUUAUAAUAGAUUUUAGGGGUUAAUGAUAGUACUUUUAGUAAUGUAAUAAACUAUAAAAAAAAAUGAAUUUUCCUAGUUCUACAUCCUGUAUGAGUGAAAUAUUUGUGGUCAUUGAAACCAACAAUUUAUCUACUUGGUGUUAAUUUGUUCCGACAGUAUCAUCUCUGCAUUGUGUAUAUCGCAUUUUGAAUCCAGUAUAAUGGGGGUGAGGUGUCCGGACACUUAAAAUUUUUUGAAGCCUUCUUUUUGUCUAUGGAUUACAAAAAAAAAAAAAAAAAUUCAAUAGUUGUAAUCUUCAAUUUUGUUCUCUAUAGUAUUUCCUAUUGAACAUUUUGUAUUAAAAAUUGA